AGGCGGGGGGUCUAUUUCCGCAUUUCAAACACUCGACUCUCCUCCCUCCUCCUCUUCCUCCCCCUAUUUCGCCUAUUAUGGAAGGCGAAGAGGGGCCCACCGACGCCGUCCCCACCACCAACGCCGGCUCCCCUCCACCGUCUCCACCUAACGACUCCGAUGUCUCCCCCGAUCGCGCGGCUCCCGAGGUUCCGCGCCUGCCGUCCGACGACGACCACGAUCAAUCGUCCGGCGGCGGCCUCACUGAGGAUCUUAAGCUGAAGAUUAUCAAGCAGGUGGAAUAUUACUUUAGUGAUGAAAACUUGCCCACCGACAAGUACAUGUUGGGUUUGAUUAAAAAGAACAAAGAAGGUUUUGUUCCUAUUUCAGUCAUUGCUUCUUUCAAGAAGAUGAAGAAGCUCGUUCGAAACUACUCGUUAAUUGCGGCUGCUUUGAAAGACUCCUCUCUUCUUGUUGUGAGUUCAAAUGGGAAGAAGGUGAAACGACUUCAUCCUCUACCAUCACCUGAAACCAGGGAUCCAAAGUUCACUGUUUUGGUGGAGAAUCUACCAGUUGACCAUUCAGUGGAAAACCUUAAGAAAAUGUUUAGUGAGGCCGGAAAUAUAAAGGAUAUAUGCAUACUUGACCCAAGUGCCAUAGAGGCAUCGGCAAAAGGCGGCAAGGUUGAGAAGCUAAUGAGUAAUAAGUUGCAUGCCCUUGUAGAGUAUGAUACUGUGGAGGCUACUGAGAAAGCUGUUCUUAUAUUAAACAAUGAGGAAGAUUGGAGAAAUGGCAUGCGGGUGAAGCUCCUAAAGCAGAUGGUUAAGUACGGACAGAGUGGACAGCGAAGACAAUCCCGGCGGGGCUUUGAUUCUGAGAAGAGUAGCAGUAUUCGGACAUCGGAAACAGGGACUGAGGAGACUCAUAUUGCAAACGAACAUCACAAUGGUACACCUGAUGAAGAGGAUCUAGGAGACCACAUGCCCAUGGAGAAAACUGGGCACAGGGGUCGAGGUCGGGGGCAAUCUGGUAGGCAGAAGUACCGUGGCCUCAAUGGAUUAGGCCAUGGAACCACUUCGUCUGGUCAUCCAAUUGAACCCUCAAAGCCACCACCUGGCCCAAGAAUGCCUGAUGGAACCAGGGGAUUCUCCAUGGGACGAGGCCGGACUCCGGUGCCGAAUCAGAGUGAACACGGGAUAAGGGGAUUAUUUUGAUUCUGGGCCUUUUUCCCUUGCCACUAAGACCCGGUAAUCCGGAUUUGUGUAUAUUCACGCUGGUGGAGUGUGAUUGAUUAGUGGUCAAUGGAUAUCGGUAUUCAGAUGUCCAUAGAUAUAUCCAUUCUGUUUUGUGACUCAACACACUCGCUGGUGUUGUGGUGGAAAAUCGUCUGGCGUAUCGAUGGUGUUCGUAUAUGGACAUGUUGUAUCUGUCUUUAUAUAUAGACAUUGAUUGAUUCA